UUGGGAAGACAUUGAAGAAGAGAAGCAAGCAGGGCGUAAAUGAUGAUCAUCGCAUGGACGGGGGCAGCGUAGGAUGGGAUGGAUCAAGCCACUGGUCCCCACAAAGCAAGGCAAAGCAUAGCGAUCGAAAUCGAUUACCUGAAUGUGACUGCGUUGAUAAAAAAUCAGGCCACUUUUCCCAACGGUGGUAAUGAGAGAACGUCAGUGCUUAGCUAAACGGUUUCAGCUUAGCCAAUCCUCUUUUCUUCUUUUCACUAUCAUCAUGUAUUCCUCCCAAGGUAUUUCGAUGGCUGAAAAUUAUUUAGAUGAUAUGGAUCCUUCCUUGCGCUUUCUACCUAUGGCAGCCCAGUCAGCGCAAUCCAUGGCCGAGUUUGAGGCCCAAUUGCAAGCUGCCAUGCUGCAAGAUCAACCUCAAGAAUUACAUCCACAAAUAUUGAAUCUGAAUAACAUGGACCAACUUAUGCCUCCCGAUUUAUUCAAUUUUGACGACUUCACUUCAUUCAACCCGCAACCUCCACACAAACCCUACGAACACCCACUUCCACCCCAAUCAUCCGUUCCACUCGCUGAUUAUACGCCUUACAUUAAGCGUGAGACUUCUUCGUCGGUAUCCUCACCUUCUUAUGACACCGUCCCCGAAAAUUCCAGAAGUCCAUUAUCUCCCACUGAUCAGCAAGCCGCCACUCCAUCCCCUGCUCCAUCUAUGACCAUACCAGCAUCCACUCCCACUUCAAUGCCCAUGUCGAAUGCGCCUUCUGUCACCAUCCCUCAAACACAGACGUCUAUUUCAGCAGCAUACGAAGAUCAAGGGUGGCUGCCUACUCCUUUUCUUUCAGAUCCAAUGUCGAUGACACCUGGUGCAAUCGAGAAACCAGAGAAAAAAGUCGCCCAUAAUGCUAUUGAAAGAAGAUACCGAAAUAAUAUCAAUGAUCGAAUAGCAGAAUUGAAAAGUGUUGUACCAGCCUUAGUUCACGCAAAAGUGAAAUCAGGUAGCGGAAAGCGAAAUCAUCCCAAUGACGAGGAAGAUGAAGAUGAAGACGAUAACGAGGUUUUAGAUGGUGUAGCUGUUGCUACCAAGCUCAACAAAGCAACCAUUCUCAGGAAAGCUACAGAAUACAUUGUGCACCUCAAAAAUGUCGCUCAACAAUUGAAGAUGGAUAAUGCCGCUCUUCGUCAAAUUGCCUCUCAGCUCCCCGGUGGACAAGAAUCCUUGAUGCGUCAUCACAUUCAUAGCCAGCAAAUCAGAACACAGCAGGAUAGUGUUCGAUUAGCCUAUGAAAGAUCUCAACAAAAGCAGCAAAGUGCCAAUGAUACUACUCGUCGGAAGCGACGAAGAGCUUAUGAUAGACGCUCACAGGAAGAUUCUGAUUCUUCUGGACCUGUGACUCCCCCCAGCUCGGCUGGAGGACGUAUUUUCAUGGCCGCUUUCAUGGCUGUUUCUUUAUUCGCCACCUCACCAUUAACCACUGGCACCGUUCAGCGUACCGCCGACGAUCAUCAUCAUACCUCUCGAACUACCUCAUCAAAUUCGUCCGCUGAAAAGGGCAGUGCCACGCCUUUUGGAUUUUUACUCGGUCAUAACGUGUGGAACCUUUUACGUACUGGCUUACUCAUCGCCGGUAUAACCUACCUCUUGAUACCCUAUUUGCAUUCUGCAUCUGGCAAGCACUACCGACGUAUUGCUAGGCGGUUUAAACGGCCAAGUGGGAUAAAAAUUCCAAACUCACAAAAGAUUUCUCAAGUUGAAAUGUACAAGGCCUUAUCAGCGUCGUUAAUCAGUCCACCACCCAACCCAACUUCCAUUUUCGAACCUGUGUUUUCAUUGUUAUUUGAGUUCAUCCGCUUUACGAUCCGUCGUGCAUUUGGCCAUGAUAUUCUUUACGAUGCUGACCUUGAUCAAGACCAAGAGUGGACCCGCGCAUGUACGUGGCUUCGCAUGAGCGAACUCGAGUGUGUUGGUGGAAAUCCUCUUGUCACUCGUAUUUCGAUGCUUCAUAGUUGUUUGAAGACCAUCAAUCUUAUCGAGACACUCGAAUCAAAUGGUUUCCAAUCCUUCUCUCGUGCUUAUGCUACCGCAGCCAUUCAAAUGGCUUUAUCGGCCCCCAAGUUCAUCUCAAGCUAUUGUACUAAUUACUUUUGGCGACUGGCUUUCGACUUUUACGACGUAGACGACUAUGAACAAGAUUCAUUCCAAAUCUUCUUUGUAGAUUUACAGCAAGAUGACUCUGAGGAGAGUGUGCUGUCGCUGAUGGAAUCCGAUAUAUGGCACGAAGCCUUGAAUGUGAUGCGUCUGCAAACCCAACUCUUCCAUGAAGAUCGUAUUGUACCCAAAAUCAAGCCAACCUCUUCGGUGCCUCUGGAAAUCAUUGCCAACUUCCACAUUUUGCAAAAACUUCAACCUCUAUUUUUCCAACUGGUGUUAUUGAUCACCAACCCUAAUGAUGCUGAUGUCAGCGACGACUUCUCCGAAACCUAUGGUGACACUCGAUUUGAUGAAAUCUUAGCCGCCAGUGUCACUGGAAAUCCUACUCGCUGGUAUGCGCUAGUAGGAGCAUGUGUCGAAGCUGUCUGGAGUAACAAUGAAGAACUGGCUGAGAGUUUGAUGAGCGACAUUAAAGUCCUGCCCACCGACAGUGCAGUCGAAGAUAAAAUCGUUCAGCGUGCCAUUGCUUACUCGUUGAUUGCGCGUAUACAGCUACAGAAGGGCGACAAGGCAUCUGCCUUGAGAGUUUUGUUGAAGGCUCGCUCAGUUCAUAUGGAGCGAAAUAACCUCAGCCUAAAUGAUGACAAUAGCGACGUAAUGAGCAUCGAAAACAAUGUCAUUCUUCUCGUUGAUUUCGUUGUUCAAAUUCUGACUCUGCAAACCUGGCUUAAACUUAUGGCAUCUCCAAAAGGCAAUGGCGAGAGUGAUCCGAUCAUGCCCGUGUCUGAAGCACAUGGCAUCAUUCUCUCUAUGAUCAAGACCCUCCGUCGUAUGGUCGCUGUCCCUCCUAUGGUCAUGGAUGGCUACAGCCAAGAAGUGUUGGAUAGACUAUGCAAAAUCAGCCAAGUAUUUUAUGCUACAGCCAGUCGUGAUAGUGGUUGCGAAUUAUCAGACGAUGAGGAAGCUUCUCAAAUUAGCGGCUCUGUAGCUGCAAGACAGGCCCUACCCAUCUUGUAUGGCAUGUUCUAAAGAAGCUCCAUGACUCUUCGUCCUCUUUUCACUAUACAUAGCGCAACACUUUCUUUCCAUCUUAGGGUGCUCAUCCAACCAAAACCCCCACUCUCACAUUUACUCUUGUAUAUUUGAAUCUCCAACCAUACUUGCAAAUCUGCUGUUGAAAUAAAUAUUUAUAAUGCCCUUUUUCGCACAUCAAUAGGUGGUGCCUAAACGAAG